AUGGGUUUCAAACUUGUCGCUCUCAGCAGUUGGCUGCUGACUGUCAGCACUCUAUCAAUUGAGCACAAUGCAGUCGGUGGGGGAUGUAUAGAUCUUCUCUGCCCAGACACUGCCUCCUUGCACGGACUUCGAAACCUUGUCAACGAAGAUACGCUGAAAACCGAUGCCUGUACAGAUUGCAAACAAUGCACAGAGAAUGGAUACAGUGUGUGUUUGAGGCCGAAGGAUUCCAGAGCGUCUCGUACUUCUGGAGGAUGUUCGUGUUCUCAUACUCUUGCUGCUAAUUGCCAUACUGAUCUUACUCAAACCCAACAUCCAGCCAAUCUUUCCAUGAAGUCCUACUCCGCAUGUUACGCUGAUGCUCUCCAACGUCCUCCACAACCACUUGCCGUCAAUGAGAACUCUUCUGUCGUUGUGACCAUUGAACCAUUCUGGUUGGAACCAUAUUGGAGACAUCUCAAGAUUGAAAAUGUUACUCUUCACUACAAAUUCCAAGUGAAGGCCCCAGAACAUUGCGAACAUGAGGUUGAAUCCACUGAAGACGGAGUUCACACUUGUGUUGCUUCCGUUCUUGUUGAUUUAUCUGAAAGUAAGGAAGAUCAAGAACCAAAAGGUGCUAAGGAUGAGGAGGAUGAUUACGAUCACAGUGAUAACUAUGAUCAGUAUGAUGAUGACUUGCCACCAGAGGUUCAAUUUGAUAGAGAUGUUUUCGCAGGAGCCAAAGAACUUGAGUCAUACUACACCGCCACCAUCCGUCGUACUCGUCAAAUCAAGGCAUCCGCAUCUAAAAAUCAACAAAUUUAUGAUGGAGAAACUUUAAUCGAGUCAGAACAUUUGAAAUUCGAUCUGAAACCAGAACUUUAUGGAAAUGGAGAAGCUGAGAUUGUUGACGAACCAUCGCAUGACUCAGUUCCAGACGCUACGGAAGAAUCUGCAACUGUUGUUCAGGAAGAUAAGGAUGAAGGAGAUGUCAGCAAUGAAACCGGAGGAACCAACUUCUUUGAAGAAGAAGAAAAGAAGGAAGAGGAGACAAAGAAGAAAGACGGAAGUGAGGAAGAGGAUGGAGUUCUGAAGGUUAACCUGGAAGAUGUUGAACCAACCAAAUUGAAGUCUCAAGAAGAUGGAAAGAAAAAGAAAGAAGAGGACGGAGAUGAUGAGGAGAAAGAAGAAGAUGAAGAAGUUGAAUCGACGACUGAUAAGGAUGACAAAAACAGUGGUGAAGCUGAAAAGAAUGAUGAAGGAGAGGAAGAGAAGAAGGAUGAGCAGAAGGAAGAAGAUGAAGAAGAAAAGAAGGAUGACGAGGAAGAGACAACGGAAGAAGGAACGACUGUCGCUGGAGAAGAUUCGGGAGAGUCUAACGAGGAUGAUUCUGAAGAGUCGACAACUGUGGAGCUCAUUGAAGGAGAGACUGAUCCAUCCGAACAAAACUUCUGGCAACGAUUCGUCAACAGUGAGGAUUUCCCAAGAUGCCGUAACAUUUUUAUCGUUUGUGUCAUUGGUUUCAUCAUUUUCUGUGCCGUCGCUUUGGGAUGUUUGAAAUGCUGCUGCAAGAGUAAGGAAUCAAAAACAUCAAACGGAUAUCAUUAUACAUCCGCUAAUCAACCACCAACAGAGCUGGUGAGUCGUGAGAAAGAACAUCUUCGGCAAUAG